GCCGCGCGUCACCGUCCAGCUGCCCAGUCGCCGCCCCCGGCCGGUCCCUGGCGGCGGUCAGCAUCCAGAGCUCUGGUACUUGGACAAGAUGUCAACGAAGCAGUGACCCGAGGAGAGCGGAUCCCGGUGGCCGGACCUGUUACCAUGUCCCAUCAACCCCUGAGCUGCCUGACUGAGAAGGGGGACAGCCCCUGUGAGACCCCUGGAAAUGGACCUCCCACUAUGGUUCACCCGAGUCUGGACACAUUCACCCCCGAGGAGCUGCUGCAGCAAAUGAAGGAACUCCUGGUUGAGAACCACCAGCUGAAAGAAGCCAUGAAGCUAAAUAAUCAAGCUAUGAAAGGGCGAUUUGAGGAGCUUUCGGCCUGGACAGAGAAGCAGAAGGAAGAACGUCAGUUGUUUGAGACACAGAGCAAAGAGGCUAAGGAACGCCUGAAGGCCUUGAGUCAUGAAAAUGAAAAACUGAAGAAAGAGCUUGAGAAACUAAAAGACAAACCAGAGAGGCUAUUUGAAGCCCUCGAAGGUGGUUGCAGGCUUCCCAGGGCUGACUUGGAGCAGGAAGUGGAGCAGCUGAAGACCCAGGUGAUGCGCCUUCAGGCUGAAAAGGCAGACUUGCUGGGCAUCGUCUCAGAGCUGCAGCUCAAACUCAACUCCAGUGGCUCCUCGGAAGACUCCUUCGUUGAGAUCAGGAUGGCUGAAGGAGAGACUGAAGGAGGGGCAUUGAAAGAAAUGAAGAACAGUUAUAGGCCUGCAAGGACGGACUCCAUCAACAUGAGCAAAUCUACAGAGGAUGCCAGGACUUGUGUGGAGUUUGAAGAAUUAACUGUGAGCCAACUCCUGCUUUGCUUAAGGGAAGGAAACCAAAAGGUGGAGAAACUUGAAAUCGAACUCAGAGAAGCCAAAGAAAGAAUUUCAGAUUUUGAAAAGAAAGCAAAUGACUAUUCUGAGAUUGAGACCCAGACAGAGGGAAGCACAGAAUAUGAAGAGGACAAAGAUCCAGAGAGUGUUGGAAGUGUUGUGGAAACCCUGAACAUUCAAAUGACCUGUCUGUCUAAGGAGCUUCAAGAGGCACACACAAAACUCAGUGAGGCUGAGCUAAUGAAGAAGAGACUUCAAGAAAAGUGCCAGGCUCUGGAAAGGAAGAACUCUGCAACCCCAUCAGAGCUGAACGAGAAGCAAGAGCUUGUUUACAAUAACAGGAAGUUGGAGCUGCAGGUGGAGAGCAUGCGCUCCGAAAUCAAGAUGGAGCAAGCUAAGACAGAGGACGAGAAAUCCAGGUUAGCCACUCUGCAGUCAACACACAACAAGCUUCUUCAAGAACAUAAUAAUGCACUGAAAACAAUUGAGGAACUAACCAAAAAACAGGCAGAAAAGGUGGACAAGCUGGUGCUGCAGGAGCUCAGGGGGAAGCUGGAGCUGGCAGAGCGGGCGCUGGCGUCCAAACAGCUUCAGAUGGACGAGAUGAAGCAGACCAUCGCCAGGCAGGAGGAAGACCUGGAGACCAUGGCUGUCCUCAGGGCCCAGAUGGAGGUGUACUGUUCAGAUUUUCAUGCUGAAAGAGCAGCAAGAGAGAAGAUUCAUGAAGAAAAGGAGCAGCUGGCCUUGCAGCUGGCAAUUUUGCUGAAAGAGAACAAUGAGUUUGAAGAUGGAGGCAGUAGGCAGUCCUUGAUGGAAAUGCAGAGCCGGCAUGGGGCAAGGACCAGUGACUCUGACCAACAGGCUUACCUUCUUCCAAGAGGAGCCGAGGACAUGAGCUGGCGACAGCAGUCACCGCGGAGUAUCCCGAUUCAUUCCUGCCCCAAAUGUGGAGAAGUCCUGCCAGACAUUGACACACUACAGAUCCAUGUCAUGGAUUGCAUCAUCUGAGUGUUGUUUCAACUCCCCAAAACUGUUGGUAAAUGCCAGAUUUUCUCCUCCAAGACUUGUACUUCUGUCUUAUUUGUUGUCACACAAACAUGUUUGUCCCCUUAUCCUCAUUUCCGGAGAAAGAAAAUGUACCCGACCCAAGGAGAGCAUCUCUAGACACAAACUCAGAAAGCAGAAUCUAAUUUCCACCCUUCCAAUAAGCGAGCCAGUGUCUUUAUGUUCUGCUCAGCCAGAAUGGGACACCCUGUGACCGAGCUCAUGAAAUCACAGGGGAGAAACUCACUGACAUACAUUAAGAAGCUUUAAGAGGCAGGAAAAUGAAACGGCCGGAAACAUGUCUGGAGUGUUUUUCUAGGCAAAUCUUCGCCCAGCAGGCAUCUUGCUGUUCUGUGUGUAAUUUUGUGGAUGUCACCACACGGCCCUUUCUGACUGAACCCUGUGAACUUUCCGUUGACGCCAGGCCAGGGAGGGCUGGGACUGCUGGCCAGGAGGGGCGCGCUCUCCUACUGCUGUGCAGUGUGACGCUAGCUUCAGUCUCCCUUUGCACCAGAGGUGUACAGGCUCAUUACAGUACACAGCUUAAUUUUUCAAAGGACAGCUGUCUCCUUCCCAGAGCAAGUAGCAGCUCACACACAUCACUUACUACAAAGUACAAUUCUGCUCUAUGUCUGUCCCAUUGCAGUUGACUGGCAACAUCAGAGUACGUAUAUUCUGCAUUAAGCUCACUAGACUUAAUCUAAGCUUAAUACUGAGAUGUUUUAUUCCUGAUAAGUAGAAGAUCCUUUUAAUAGCCAGUGCAUGCUUGAAUGAGAUCCCUGCUACCAUGGUGAACAGAGCCAGGCAUGGUGGUGCAUAGCACACCUGCAAUUCCAGCACUUUGGGAGACUGAGGCAGAUCACCAGCUCAUGGCCAGCCAGGUCUACGUAGAAUAAAUGUGGACUUGCCAUAUUUUGUGUUAAAAAAACAAAACAAAACAAAAAAAAAAAAACGUUCUUGAAGAAAAAUGUUCUAGCAGGAACUAAACAAGUCACAAAGUAAACAGUAUCAAGUCCUAAAACAUUUAAGUAAAAUGUUUGUGUUUAUCAUAAGAUCUCACACACACACACAGACUUGUAUUUAAAUAGAAGCAAAAUGGUUCAUUCAUCUCAAGGGAACGUAUACUUCAAAUUACAGCGUCUUCAUGCCUGAACAGUUAUUCCCACUCCAAGACAGUAGAAUGCUGCACUGGUUCAGCAGUGCUUAGGUUAGGUUCCCCACUCAGACCCUCGCAGCAGAGUUUGCUAAUGACAUUCCUAAAAGUUCAAUGAGAAUUUUCUCUUCUUAUAGUUUCUAGUAUAGAUUUCUUUACUAUUUUAUAUUGAAUAAAAUAGAUUUCUAUAGUAUCCCAGCCAGAAGAGGAAACCAAGUGGUUUCACAAUGAAGUUACUGGGAAAAUCCUUUUACUUCAUUCAAGUAUAUGUAUCUGAUGAAUCCAAACUGUGAAGUGAGAACUCAAUUGGUCUUAAUAAGACUAUGAGCAAAGCAUUUGUUUGAUCAUGAAGAGGAUUACAAAUGAAGGCAAGUUCAAAUUAAGACCGUGGGAGAGAUAUCCGUAUACCGUUUCAUAGCAGCAUUUCCACAGUAGCUGGGAUACAGUGUGACCUGAGUGAAUGGACAAGAAAACGCCUAUACAUAACAAAGUAGCUUCAGCCAUUAAAAAUAAGGAAAUUAUAUCACAUGAGAAUAUAGAUAACCCGGGGGACAUCAUGCCAAGUGAAGCGAGCCAGUCAUGAAUACCACAUGCUCUCACUUACAGUGGACUCUGAAAAAACUGAGCUCGUAGGCAUUGAGAGCUGAAUGGUGCUUAUCAGCACAGGAGGAGAGGGUGGGAAGGGUGAGGAGAUGUUGAUCAAGGGGUACAAGAUCUCAGGAGGGAUAAACUGUCAUGAUCUACUGUACAGAAUAGUGACUGUAAAAUUUGUAUAUUAAGGCUAUGUGGUUUUAAGGGAAUCACCAGUUUAGUAAACAACUUGUAAAUA